CCGCGAAUUCUUGGAAAAUGAAAUCACUAUUCAAAAUGGUGGCUGUAGCAAUCUGUAAAGCAGAUCGCCGUCGUAGAACGGUUGAGUGCAUUUUACGAAGAUGACGGUAACAGGAAAAUGGAUAACUAUAAUUGAAUGGAGGAAAAGUUUUGAUAUUGCACCCUUGUCGUUCAAAUGUCGUCUUUAGGCCGGUUCCUGGUUUGAAUAUUUGCUGGACAUCACGGCCUUUUUUAAGCUGCAAUGAAGCUUACAAAUAGCCAGCGACACCAAACUGUUGCAUAUUUCAACAGAGCAAAUGUUGCAACGAAACCUACAUUGAGACCUACUGAAAAACAAAAACACGAAAUAGUGAAGUUUUUUGAAAAGUAUGCAUUGAUUGUUUGGGCCUAUUUGAAAACACUACCAAUUCCUCCAUAUGCAACACUUGGUAUCAUUGGUGGGGUGCUGUUCCUUUUAAUAACUGUUGUAUGCUGCUGUUGCUGCCGACGCUGUUGCAAAAAGAAAGAAGUAAAAAAGAAAGCAAAAGAUAAAAUGAAUUUGCAAAAGUAUCAACUUUUUGGACCAACUUAUUAUGAGAGAGUACAACCAAUGCAGGAUGAAAUAGAUUACAAUGUAGAGGCAUCUGAAAAGGAAACUGGAAAAGAUAUUCAACUUGGGCGUAUAAAAUUUGUGCUGACUUUUAGUGGUGAUGAAAAUAUUGCAACAGUCAAAGUGAUUGAUGCUAGAGACAUCCCAGCUGCUGACCCUUCUGGUUUCUCUGACCCUUAUGCCAAGGUUGCCAUUGUUCCGGCAGGCAGAAAAGAAUACAAGACAAAAGUAAAGAUGAAGACUGUGAACCCAGUCUUUGAACAGUCAUUCAAUUUCAAGCACAUAACAUAUUCCCAGCUUACAAGCAGCUAUGUACAUUUGAAGGUGUAUGAUUACGACAGAUUCUCUGGACACGAUUUGCUUGGCGAGGCCAAAGUUCCAGUUAUAGAUUUGGAUCUAAAUCAUCCUGUCGAGGAAACACGUAUAUUACAACCAGAGUUUAAAUUCGAGUCUAAAGGGAUGAAAAAAGGAGAUCCUCUUUUGGGGCACAUAUGCAUAGCUCUAGCGUACGCACCAAACCCGCAGCUACUCGCGGUUUUCAUCCUGGCCUGCAAGGACCUUAAGAGUACAGAUGAAGGUGGAUUUUCUGAUCCGUACGUGAAAUUCUGGAUCGUGCAAGAAGGCAAAAAGGUGAAAAAGAGGAAGACAACUGUAAAAAUGAGGACGCUAAACCCAUCUUACAAUGAAUCAUUUUUCUUCGAAGUUGAUUUCGAAAAAAUCGAAGAAACAUCAGCCAUGUUUAUUGUAUGUGACUAUGACAAAGGCGAAAAAGGAGAGCCAAUAGGAGAGGUGCUUCUAGGGUCCUUGGGGACUGGUGCCCAGCUAAAACAUUGGACUCAAAUGAGGCGUACACCUGGAAAGCCUGUUGCGAGAUGGCAUCGAUUACGACCGCCCACUUUAUCAGAGUAGAAAAGUAUCGUCGAUUUAGAGCUGUAUGUAUAGAACCUGGCUUAAGCAACGGAGAUUGCUGCCCCUGUGAUUCCUGUCCCCCUAUUUAAAAGAUAGCCCUUCUUGGAUUGGAAACCCUUAGAAGAGGACUUUUUGUAAGUCAGUUUCAAGAUUUCCCAUCACAAAAUCCCAAGAGCUUCGAGAGGGCUUGCUAUGUGGAUAGAGACCCCACCUAAGGGUACUCUUGGCAUUAGGGUCUCGUAAACUGAUGAUUGGCUAUUACAGAUCGUAUAAGGACCUAAGGCCGUAUAAAACAAAAAAGCUAUGAAGCAAACCAUAUAAACAGUCCUUAUUUCAUGGUGAUUGUUUGCAUUUGAACAAUUCCGUUGUUGAGCCAAAUAGUCUUAGUCGAAAGCUUGUUUGAACAGCUUGAUAAAGAGAUAAACAUGAUUUGGAGUUCUUAUAGUUACCAUAGAGAAGCGUCACAGCUGCAUCAUCUUUAGAUUGUUAACAGAAUCGUUUACUUCUAAUAUUUGGCACAUUUCACUCAAUGGAAAUUAUAUGCAUUGUAUGUAAAAUGCUCUAUAUGCCAAGAGAAAACCGAUAAAUUAAUGUCUUAAAAUAUUUUUUGCUGAAAAGAACAGGACGGCUCUAAGCUGCUACGCUGUGUUUUACUGUAUAUAUUCGUAUAUAUUUAAAACCGUUUCGGUUCCUCCCAGCGUCCUAGGCAACUUAUUUUGCUAUUAGCUAAAAUAAAUGUCACAUAUUCUGUAUUAACUACUAUAAUAAUUAAUUUAAGUACCCUGUAAUUAGUUGCUGAAUACCAAUGAAUUUGAAUUUGAA